GACUUAUCUAAUAGUAAUAUAUUUCUUGUUUGCCUCCUUGAUCCAAGAUGUAAAAAAUUGAGGUCUGCAGUACCAACCCAGAGAUGCCAAACUGAGCCUACAGUUUUUAUGCAAGAUACUUCUGAAGAGUUAAAUGAUAAGCUUGAUAAUUACCUUUCUUUACCUGAAAUCCAUUAUAAAUCUAACCCUUUUAACUGGUAG